AUGUUAGGAACAGUGAAGGCACAGUGGCUGUUCGCGACGGUGGUGUUGUUCUCGGUGGUGGUUUCGUGUAUGGCGACGGAUGAGGCGUCGGGGAAUAUGGAGUACGAUUUCUAUAGGAGCUCGUGUCCUCAGGCCGAGACCAUUGUGAGGACGAAGAUGGCUUGGAUUUACCGGCAGCACAGGAACGUCUCGGCUCAGUUGCUGCGUCUAUUUUUCCAUGACUGCUUCAUUAAGGGGUGUGAUGCUUCCGUUCUCUUGGAUGACAGCAAUGGGAAUACAAACCAUUCUAUAGAGAAGCAGGCCACACCAAAUAAGUCCCUGAAGGGAUUCGAUAACAUUGAUCAGAUCAAGGAGGAGCUCGAAAAAGCUUGUCCAGGGGUGGUAUCUUGUGCCGAUGCACUUGCUCUUGCCACCAGAGAUGGCAUCAUUCUGGCUGGUGGCCCAUACUAUCCAGUCUUGACAGGUAGAAAAGACAGCACACAGUCCUACUUUGAUGAAGCAUUGGAGGAGAUUCCAAGACCUGAUGACAAUAUCACUCAUAUAUUGCAUCUCUUCUCAAGUAGAGGUUUCAGUGAUAGAGAAACAGUUGCUCUUCUCGGAGCACACAACAUUGGAAAGAUAGGAUGCGAGUUCAUCGAGUCGCGCUUAAAAAACUUCACUGGGACAGGGCAACCAGACCCAGCUUUACCUGUUGAUCUCCUCAAUACUAUGAAGCUAAAAUGCGUUGACAAUGCUAACAAGGCCAUUAGUAAUGGUCAUCCCACUCAAUCUUCUUUGUCCAUGUCAUCUGGGGCAGUUUUCGACUCUCAUUAUUACCAGAACUUGAUGCGAGGAAGAGGAAUCCUCUUUGCUGAUCAGCAGCUAAUGGCUGAUAUGAGGACAGCUCAAGUGGUUGCAACAUUUGCUUCUGAUAAUGGAACGGCGUUUCGGAUGGACUUUGCGCAGGCAAUGGCCAAGAUGUCAACACUUGGUGUCCUUACUGGAUCUCAAGGUCAGGUGCGAUCGGUCUGUUCUCUGCCGGGAGAUAAAAGAAGCUUAGUGAACCUUAUGGGUUUCUUUGAGAAGUAUGGACUCAACUCCGGGCAGUUUGUGAAUAAGAGCAAAUCUCAUGUUUACUUGGGCAAGUCAGUUGUUCAUCGUCGUGCUCUUAUUUAUUCUUGGUUGGGUGUUCCAGUGGGAAAGUUUCCUAUCGUGUACCUUGGAGUGCCAAUUUUUGUGGGUCGACCUAAGCGUGUCUACUUCCAAGUCUUGGCUGAUCGAAUUCGUAACGUGUCUUGUAGAGCUUAUUACCCUGUUGCUUGGAAAAAGUGUUGUGCUCCAUUGAAGGAGGGGGGUCUUGGUGUUCGAAAUAUUAUGGCUCUUAAUCAAGCUUUCCUCUUGAAGAAGUUUUGGGAUUUCUUAACAAAGUCUACAACUGCGGCUGCAUUCUUUUCUGCUCGUUUCUUGCAACGCUCAGGUCAGCCGUGUUCUUAUUAUAAAAGGUCAUCUAUAUGGCCUGGAAUGCGACCCUUGUUCACAGAUAUUUUGUACAACUCUAAAUGGGUAGUGGGGAAUGGUCACUCAAUUGAUUUUUGGCAUGGUAAUUGGCUCAAUGGUUCAAUUAUUGAUAAAUUGGGUAUUGUGCAUCAGCUUGGUAAGUCGCUAUGUGGGAAAGUGUCUGAUUUCAUUUUGAAUGGCUCAUGGUUGUGCUCUACCAAUCUAAAUGCUGAGCUUGCGGCGCUUUGGUCAGAAAUUUUGGCUAUUCAGCUUCCUUCUUAUGAUAUUGAUGACAAGCUUGUUUGGUUGGAUUCGUUGGAGGGGAGUUUAUCUUUAUCUAUAGCCUAUGAGUUCAAGAUAAGUAAGCAAGCAAGUGUUCCUUGGGAUAGAUGGCGGGGUUUUUCUUUUGCAUCAAUGUGCUCUCUUUGUCAUGCAUCUGUUGAGAAUAGUCACCACCUUUUCUUUGAGUGCUCUUUCUCUUUGAGGGUUUGGUGUGCAAUUCUAUCUUUGUUUGGAGUUAACAGCCACUUCCUGGAUAUACAUGCUUUCUUCUCUUAUCCGCUGCAACAUGGUUUUGGUACGCAAUUGCAAUUACUUUGGUGGGGUAUGAUGGGGGCUGGCUUCUACUCCAUUUGGGAUGCUAGAAACUCUAUUCGUUUUCAUGAGCGUCAUUCAACGCCGGAUUGUUUGAUUCACUCCAUCAAGUCACAAAUUCGAGAGAUUGAUUCUUGGGGUUUGGGAACUAUGCAUAAUUCAGCUGGGGAGCUUUGUACUUUCAGGGCUCUUGGAAUCAAAGGUAGAGCCUCGAGAUCACAUCAAAUUCGUGAAGUCCAUUGGCAUGCUCCUAGUGUUUUUCAAGUAAAGGUUAAUACUGAUGGUGCUGCUCGUGGGACACCCGGGUUGGCAGGCUUUGGUGGUAUUUUUCGAGAUCACUUGGGUAAUUGUAUGGGUUGUUUUGCUGGCUCCAUGGGUAUUGCUACUGCCCUUGAAGCGGAGCUUCAAGCAAUUAUUCAUGCAGCCUCAAUGGCAGCGAGGAAGGGAUGA